UGGUCAGCUACGCAAAGAAGUGUUCUCACGCGGUGUUCUGUGGUGGCAGCAUUGGUGGCAGUCGACGCGGAGCGCCUGGGCGAAACAGUGCGGCCAUCUCGCCAUGUUUUAAUCGCGCUGCCUUACCGUGUAACAUAAAGGCAAGGAAAGCAGCUCUGCCUCCGCGUAAUACCAGAUGGGCAACUCGAUAAAGCCCCACAUCCAGAAUGCCGGCAAGACGGGCGUGUGUACGCUGCCCAACAGCAACCUCAAAGAGUUCCCAAGAGAGCUGUUCCUCAUCGAGGGAGUGCUGCGGACCUUGGACCUUUCGGGCAACAAGUUGUCGUCGAUCCCGGCGGCGAUCAGCAAGUUCGAGCAGCUGAAGCACCUGACGCUCACGAACAACCGCAUCGCGUCCCUACCAGACAGCGUGUGCAAGCUGAAAAAGCUCGAGACAUUGAGCCUCGGGAGCAACCACCUAACGCGGCUUCCCGAGACACUGUCCCAGCUCGGCAACCUCCGCAAUGUCAACCUCAGUGACAACCGGCUUUCCGCGUUUCCGCACUGCUUCUGUGGCCUCAAACAUCUCGACGUGCUCGAUCUCUCACGCAACCGGAUAUCCGAAGUGCCAGACUUUAUUGGCGAUGUGCAUGCCACGGAGCUCAACCUGAACCAGAACCAGGUGUCCAUGAUCUCUGAGAGCAUAGCGAACUGCCCGAGGCUAAAGGUGCUGCGGCUGGAGGAGAACUGCCUCCAGAUCAACUCCAUCCCAACACAGCUGCUGACCAACUCCAAUGUCUCCCUGCUGGCUGUCGAGGGCAAUCUGUUUGAGCUCAAGGACUUGCAGGAGAAGGAAGGCUAUGAGACGUACAUGGAACGCUACACUGCGACUAAGAAGAAGAUGUUCUGAACUUUGAGAGGGAACCCACAACCUCCAUCGUUUGGCCAAGAAAAGAUGAGCAUCUGAUCAAGCCCGCACUUCCCCUGCAACCCUCACUCAAGGGAGACAAGGCAGGGCUGCGGACAGAAAGAAAAAAAAAAUUGGCAUUAUCUGGACAACCACCUGCCAGAGUAGUCAUUCCAGAAGCACCAGAGGCAUUGUUGGGAAAGGAAGCACCAUAAAAAUGUAGCCUAGAGCCACGCACAGCUCACUGUUGUGCAGGCAGACACCGUGUCACACUUAAAUCGCCUUAUCAAUUACGGUGUUGUCGCUUGUCUAUAUUUAUUAAACGCUCUAAUAUUGUAAAUAACCAGGUA